AUGUCGAUUUUGACAACGGGGGUAGGUGGGUGCGAGGGAAGGGGUGCAAUACUAAGUCUCCUGAGCAGGGAUGGUGACUCAGCAUAUAAUGUCAUUUCAAAAGGUCUUUCUGACAUUUGCUUCCUUGAGGGAGGACUGGCUUUCUUAUCAUGCGUGUGUGAAAAAGGAAAACAACGGUGGAGAGUCCUUCCAUUUAAUAGGUUUGUGUAUCACACCAGACAGUUUUGGGUGGCGUACACAAAAAGCAAAGAAAUGACUCCAAAUAGAAAAAGGGUAAGGCGAAGUGUAAGAAUACAGUGGUACCUCGGGUUAAGUACUUAAUUCGUUCCGGGGGUCCGUACUUAACCUGAAACUGUUCUUAACCUGAAGCACCACUUUGGCUAAUGGGGCCUCCUGCUGCAGCCACACUGCCGGAGCCCGAUUUCUGUUCUUAUCCUGAAGCAAAGUUCUUAACGUGAAGCACUAUUUCUAGAUUAGCGGAGUGUGUAACCUGAAGCGUAUGUAACCUGAAGCGUAUGUAACCCGAGGUACCACUGUAAUAGUUUUUCCACAUAAUGAAGGAGAAAAACAUCCUCAAAUAAGAUAAUAUCUUGAUGAUAAUAGUUUAAGAGCCAGAAACCUCUUUGCUCAGCUGGAGAUCCAGUGGAUCAUAACUCCACUCAUCCUAGCUGAUUUAGCCUUAGGAUAGUACCCAUAUUCAUGACUGCUCAUUUUAGUUGGUCUGCUAUGAGCAGGACUAAUAUCAGAGGCAGCUCAUAGUAGCUAUGAUUUCCCUUUCCUUCCCUUUUACUUAUUUCCUACAUUUCCCUUUCAAUCCAAUUUGCAGAUCUUAUCUUUAAAACACUGAAAGGUGGGAUAGGCAUGGAUUUGCACCACUAAGACUGAAUAAGCAAAAUGUUUAUCAUUAGAAAAUUCUGUCUAAUUCAUCCUUUCCAUAAUUUAAAUGUCACUUCUGAUGCCAGAUUUGUUGAGUGCAUGUUGGGGCAUACCAAUUUUAUUUAAUCUCAAAACAGCUGUGGAAAGCAAUCUGGCUUGAUUAUUUUUUAUUUUUUAUUAUUAUGAACCAACAUCAGGUGCCUUAAAAUGCAACUCUUUUGUUUGGGAUAAGUUUUUAAUUUACUUAACAUAAGAGAGACUUCUGCACAAAAAUAAUCUGCAGUUUGAGCCAUUGUACUUAUCAGCUACAUUUACAUACAGAGAUGGAUUUCUGUUUUGGUCCUAUAAUAUAUUUGUGGGCAGAUACAAGACAUUGCGGUGUCUGAGCCAGAAAACCCAGAUGGCACUCUCUACCCACCAUGGUGGCAAAAAAACAUCUUGAUAAGCCAAAGCACGGAUCAUUUGUUUUUCCUUAAUAGCACCAAAACAUUUACACAUGAGUAGGCUGAUUAAAUAAGAACAUAAGAAGAGGCUGUUGAAGCAGGUCAAUGGCCUUUCUAGUCCAGCAUCCUGUUCUCACAGUGCCCAACCAGAUACCAGCGAGCGGCAAUAAGGACAUGAGCAAAACUGCACUCUGCCCACCUCUAAUUCCCAGUGACUGGUAUUAAGAGAGGUAUGAAGACAGUGUAGGUAGAACAUAGCCAUUGUCAAGGAGCUGACAAGCAAGCCAGGUCAACCACAGGGCAGGCACAUACACGGGAUGCAUGAAACACAAUUAACUCAUUAUUAACAGAAAAUAACAACACAGUAGAGUCCUCUGUUCUGUCUCAAGCCAGCUGAGAUGUUGCUGAAGCUGACUACUAGCUCCACACUUCCCCCUCUAGCCUUCCACUUUAAAUCCCUCCCAAGCAGAUGAACCAUGCAUCAAGUGGGUGAGCUCCUCCUCUGGCCAUCGUAGGACUUUCCUCAAAUGGAAUGCUGGAGGGGGGAGGAGAGCCAGCAGGCCUUGGGACUGUGCUGCUGCUGUGUAGAAGGAGCAAUAUCUGACUCCUCCUUGUCUGAGUCUGCACUCACUCUGUGACUCUCAGCUUCUAAUCCUGUCCUAGAAGGCCCUCUUUCUCCUGAUCUUCCUUGAUCACUCAACCCCCCUGCUUCUAGCACCUCCCAACUCAUCCCUUCUGCAGACUGGUCUUCAGUGUCCCACCACCAGGAUCCAGGAUCUAAGUUGUCAUCUUCUGUGCCCUCCCUGGGGAGCUCCUGGGCAGGCAUCUCCCACCACUCUUCCUCAUCCAGCCAGUCCCUGACAGCCAUCAAAGCUAGUAGCCACUGAUGGUCUUAUCCUCAGUGAUGCCUUAUCCUUAAAUAACUCAGGACCACAAUGCCCCAAGGACCGCUUUUCCCCACAUGAACCAACCCAGACCCUGUGAUCAUCACCUGAGGCCCUUCUUCAUGUGCCUCUUCCACAAGAGGUCUGGAAGGAAGCAACAUGAGAAUGGGUUUGCCUGGUGCCUUGGUUACAUCUGGCAAACAGCAUCUGGCAAAUGGCAACGCUAGUGAUGGUGGGAUGUUCAACCAUAGUGUGAUGUUGAAUUCCACCUCUUCUGUUUAUUUCCAGCUGUGGGGGGUCUUUCUGGGCACUUCAGCAAAUACAGAGGCAGGGCUAGUGUUGCAGCACUAUCCAUUCAGGCCCCGUACAAUCCCAGCUGGCUAUGAACUUUCCAAGUACAUUUGAGGCAACUUGAGCGGGAAAGAGAGACCCCAGAUUGAAUGACCUUAUAGCGGUGUCAAUAAUUGGAGGGCAGUGACUCGGUCAGAGCUAGUCCAUCUGGCAUGGAACUAGAGGCCUAGCCUGGAACAACAUGUCAGCGCUAUUACAGAUCGGUAAGUAAUGGCAGGUUUAUUGGCCUUGUAAGCGAGCAAACCCCAUUGCCAUGGCAACCAGAAAGAAUAGGUAUGAAACAGGCCAGCAGCAAGAAAGAGGGGAGUGGAGCUAAGGCAGAAUUUAACGUAUUUAUGAAAACACAUUGCAGCUUGCUUUUCCAUCCCAUCAACAGAACCUUCAAAUCAACCAGCAAUCACAAGCAUAAGAUUAAAUCUGAGCUGAAAAAAGUCAACAAAAAUUAAUUGAGGCUGGACAAGUGUGAAAUGGACCCCCACGCCCACCCCAAAACAGGGGAAAUUAAUUUUCUUAAAUUUUCAGGGUGGGAUUGCUUCUUGCCUAACCUCAUCUUAUGAGAUAGACAAAGGGUUUACUUUUUUUCCAUUGCUUUCUUAAGAUUCUCAUGCCUCAAAUUAAGGCUGACCAUACCUCCUGGAAUGCAUUUGGAGCAAAUGGCAAUAUCAUGCCACAUUGCAUUGUGUCACUCCCAAGGCCUGAGGAAAGUGGCGAGAGGUUCUUUCCAAUCAGAAAUAGUAGGGAGGGAAAGGUGAAGUUUCAUCAAUGGCAAACAAAAUGACCACCUCAAACGCCGAACCUUCUCCAACGCAACAAUUUCCUUUUUGAGGUGAAGCAACCAGAACUGUGGCGUUUCCGUGUGCUGCGCUGGCUCGCCAGAUGCAGCUUGUCACGCUGGCCACGUGACCCGGAAGUGUCUGUGACCCGGACAGCGCUGGCCCCCGGCCUCUUAAGCGAGAUGGGUGCGCAACCCCAAAGUCGGACACGACUGGCCCGUACAGGCAGGGGUACCUUUACCUUUACCUUUUUAAUCAGAACUGUAAGCAGAUUCCAGAUGUGCUCGCUCAAUAGUUUUGUAUAACGGCACUAUGAUAUGGACAUUUUUAUUAUCAGUUCCUUUCUUAAUGACCCCAAGCUUGGUAUUAGCCUGUUUCACUAUGCAGACAUCUUCACUGAUCGAUCCACUAUGAUCCCUAAGUCUUGUUCCUGCUCAGUCACAGCCUGUUGAGACCCCAUGAGCAUGUAUGUAAAAUUAAGAUUUAUUUUUUUGCCUUUGUUACAAAUAUGUGUAUUGGAUAUACAGUGGACGCUUGGGUUGUGAACGUGAUCCGUGCGGGAUGCAUGUUCGCAACCCACAGCAUUCACAACCUGAAGUGUCUGUAACCCGAGGUAUGACUGUAUAGGACAUGUAUAUAAUGAUAUGGAUAUUACAGAAGUAUUUAAAAUCAAAGUUGCUGUCUAUGCUUAGAGUCAGAAAUGCUUGUCCAAAGCAGCGCAGGUGAGCAGCCAGAACCUUGCCCUCAGCAACGGGAGAUUAAUAACUGACCAGAUAAGAGGAAAACAGAUUGAAUUGUAAUAAUAAGGGUUAGCACAAACAAGGAGAAUUGCCAAAGACAAGUCUGGGAGGGAAGGGUAACGGAAUGUGCAAGUCGAAAACCUGCUGGAAAGGAAUGAUUGAGGAUGACACCUUGAUAAGAUAAAUGGAGUUUCUAAGUGGAAAACGACUCCAACUAUGGGAUGUCCAAUUGGAAGGCCAGGUAGGGUGUCCACGAGCUGUUCACACAUUGCUGUAGGCAAUAAUGUUGCAUAAAUGAUACAGGCACAAGGAUUUCAUGUAUUUACCUGACAGAAAAAGAGCAUAUAAGAAGAGCUGGAGGGCAUGUACCGUUGUCAGGCCAUGCUUGCGGCAAUAGCUUCAUGGCUGACAAGGACGUGGGUGGCACUGUGGUCUAAACCACUGAGCCUCUUGGGCUUGCCAGUCAGAAGGUUGGUGGUUCGAAUCCCUGUGACGGGGUGAGCUAUCGUUGCUCUGCCCCAGCUCCUGCCAACCUAGCAGUUCGAAAGCACACCAGUGAAAGUAGAUAAAUAGGUACCGCUGCCGUGGGAAGGUAAACGGUGUUUCCGUGCACUCUGCUUUCCAUCAUGGUGUUCCGUGCACCAGAAGUGGUUCAGUCAUGCUGGCCACAUGGCCUGGAAAGCUGUCUAAGGAAAAACGCAGGCUCCCUCAGCCUGAAAGUGAGAUGAGCAUUGCACCCCACAGUAGCCUUUGACUGGACUUAACCGUCCAGGGGUCCUUUACCUUCUUCUUAUUAUUAUUAUUUUAUUUCUUUUUUUUUAACCAUGGCUGACCAUUCAGCACUGUCUUAAUGAUUAAUAAAUCUCUGUUGAGCCUACCUUGUGUACCUGACUCCACUUUUCUUAGAGGCUUUCAGCAGUCUACUCCAAGGAAGGAAUCCUAGGAAUUUUCCUAACAGCCUUAAAAUGCAUCACUUAACACUUGUUUACAUUGCAUUUGCCACUUUAGCAUCCUGUUUUAAUGCAGCUUUGUCUCUCUCUUCACUACUAGUAUAGACACCACUUUCCUUUCCUACUUGAGCAGAAAUUGUAGGAAAGGGGCAGCCCACAGUGCAAUGUAGAGGCAGGGGCGAAGGAAGGUGUCGCUAUGUACGAUGCAUGCACAGUACGUAGCGACGCUGCGCAUGAGCUGUACAUAGCGGUUUGCCGGCGGUGCUGCUCCAGCGCAGUACGGAUGGUGCUGGGAUCCUCUGUUCGCAGCUGUAGCGGCGACGGAGGGAUCCCGGCACCAUUCGUACAGCGCUGGAGCGGCGGCGCCAGCAAACCGCUAUACAGUGCAUGUGUGGCGGUGCUACGUACAGCGCAUGCGUGUGAUGCCGCACAUGUGCUGCACUUAACGGUUGGCCGCUGGCGCUGGGAUCCUCUGCUCGCAGCUGUAGCCGCGAACGGAGGAUCCGUCACAUGCGGCGGCGGUGGUGCGAUGGCAGCUUGCACCGCUUUGAGCCCCCACAGGGUGACUUCUUGUCACCCCUGCAGACAUGGCACCCAGGGCGAACUGCCCCCCACCCCGUUGCGACCCCACUGUGUAGAGGCCUUCUAGUUACUGGCCUUAGCACAGCAGUUUUUGUCCACAACAGGGAAAAAUUCAUGAACAAAUGCCGGCUGUAAUCAUUGUUGUUGCUCCCUGCAAUAAAGCAAUACAAGAACUAAGGGAAAAGCCAUUGAAUGCCAAGAGAUAACACCAAUACAAUGUACAUUUGCAGUUGCCUUCUGAAAUAUGCCUACCAUUUUAAUGCUCAGGAAUAGGUUGUAGUUCUCUCCGAGGCAAAGCUAUCGUCAUUUAUACCCUGCCUAAAUCAAGGGCGGUCCAGCAACUAUUUAUGUUAUAUUCCCCGGUGGUUUAUGCUGUAUGUGCUACAUCAGGGUUGCAAUUUAAAAUUCUGGGCUCAUGCCAAAGGGGGAAGCAAGUUAAAAGCUUUGCUGUGAGCCCAUGGGGUGUUCUCUAGAUCUCAAGAAAGACCAACAAAUCAGAGAGUGACCCCUUCCUCCAUAGCUUUGCCCUUAAUAAACAGGCAGAUCAAUUCAGCCCAUUGAGCAAAAUUUAGGGUUGAUACACACCAUCUCUUUAAGUGGUGGAGGAAUCACGAUCCUGCCUUUUCAGAUGUUGAGCAGUUGCAUUUGACACUCCAUCAAUAUUAUAGCUUGCUCAAUUUUAUUUUUUUUAAGGGCUCAGGAUAGUGACAUAUAUGCAUCUUUGCUUGUUGGUGCAAUGACGCAUGGAGUUGUAUUACAGUUACAUGAUAAUGAUAAUAAUAAUAAUAAUAAUAAUAAUAAUAAUAUCCUAUUCUUGUACGCUGCACCUGAUCAUUUCUGCCUCCCCUCAUCCCAGACCUCCAGCUAGUUCUGGGAGGUGGGAGGGAGCUCACCUCUUGGACACAGUACUCAUGACUCUCGACUCGAGGAAACCUGAAGGUUUUGUUUAAGAAAUCAGAGCAUGGUUAUAUAGUAUAGGACGCAUGAUUCAUAAGACUGACCAAGCUCUAAGAAGUAGCUAAGCCAUUGGCCCAACAUCUGACCUACCCCUAUAGCUCCACUUUUAAAGAGUGUGGCAGGACCAGUCAGUUGCAUGGUUCUCACCCCUAGUGAGAUCAUAGAGUUGGAAGGGACCCCAAGGGUCAUCUAGUCCAACCCCCUGCAAUUCAAUAAUCUCAACUAAAGCAUCCAUGACAGAUGGCUGUGCUUGCAAGUGUGCAGUCCUAUGGAUGUGUGAGUGGCCAAUUCUGUCUGCACCAGUGCAGACAAAGACAUGUCCUUGAGACCUGAGUCCAACACUCUAACUCUCAUUCCAGUUCCAGUUUGGCUGGCCCUACUGGUAUUGGGUACCAUGGAAACCUCACUCUCUGAGGGCAGAAUGGAGACUGACUCAGACAGCUCCCCCUCCACUCCUGUGCAAUGUAGUGGGACCCUCUCCUAACACCCAACUUCUUGUUCCUCUUCCUCUGACAGAUCUUGCCAUCUCCUUCCCAACAUGGUUAGUGCCACAGCCAGAACCCUCCAUCAUCAUUUAGGAGGAGAACAUUUAAUAUCCCCAGGACUGCUGCAUCACCACUUAGACAACAGCAGACAGGAGAUGGCUCAGCAGUGACCUAGUCAUGGGCAUCAGGAAUGGGUGUGUGUGGACGUUACGGUGUGAAGAGGAGACAGAAGGAGGAGACAGACUGAUGGAGCGAACUGGGCAUUCUCUACCGGGCUGCUCAAGUCUGCCUCUCUGGUGGUGUCUUACAUUUGGACCAUCAAUGUAAAAAUCUCUCCUCUAUGGUGAUCCUGGAGGCAAAGACACUUUGUCACCAGGUGGACCAGCUGUCAUUUUCUGUAUUUCUGUUCCCUGAGGUCUGCGAUAUAUCAGAUUUUCCUGUAUUUUGUGUCUCUAAGCCUUGAUUGACUAACACAUGUAUAAAAUCCUCCCCAAAUUAACUCUGGCUCACCAGAUCUUGUUGGACUCCAUCGCCCCCAUGCAGCAGGAGAGUGAUGAUGGGAGUGUUCGUCUUGCAAUAUCUUGAGGGUCACAGGUUUCCCUCCCCUGAUGUAGCACCAGGGCAUAAUGGGAAAUGUUAAAUGGAGGUUUGUAAUUAGUUCCCUACCAUCUGGAGUCAGGUCAAAGCAUCAGCCUAGUAGCUGCCUGGGCUGAUGAAAGCUACUAUAUAUGUCUGAUGAACUGGGGUCAGUUUGGUGGGUCUACACCUAGUACAGAGCAGCCCUGAAAAAACUAGCUACCUGUAACAAUGUCUUCUCAUGCUCCAAGAACAUGAUGGAAGACGAAGACCAGAAAAGAAGGUCAGGUGCAAAUAAAUAAACAAACACUCCCCCAAAUACUAAACAAUACUUUUCUGGAAGGAACAUCACACUCAUUCCAGCACUCCUGGCCCCAAGACGAAAAGCUGCUAAUUAAAAUGCUUAGAAAGUUUAAACAGCUUUUAUUCACUUAUUGAUCAUUCAUAUUCAUUGUUACCUCCCUGCUCACAAGCAGGGGUAGAAAUAUCAAUAUCCCCCACACAUGCACCUCUUUUUGUGCGUACGAGGUGGUAAUAAAUUCACUUGCUAAGCAAUGCGUUCAAAUUAAUACAAAAUAAAUCAGCACCUUCACUAUAAACACAGCCUUUCUCCCUUUGCAAGCUCGAGGAAUGGGAAAAGAGAAGGCACAAUAUAUUAUGCGGGGCUUUAUUAGCGAGGUAAUUCAUUUCUAUAGCACUCUUCAAUGGACAGGGAUUUGGUUUAUACUUCUUUUCCUUUACUAUAACAAUAAUCUCGUGAGGCAAGGUGAGAGGAAGAGACAGUGGGCCGGUUCCCAUGACGAUCUAAGUCAACGACAGGCUUAGUGUGACGACACAAGGGUGCAUGGUUAAACUAUGGCAUUCAUCCGCGCAAGAGGUGGGGUUAGCCACCAACUUGGGUGACUUUGAAAGAGGACUGGGCAAAUUCACAGAGGAUGAGGCUAAAAAUGGCUACCAGUCAUUGUACAGAGGUGGUUUUAGGGUAGUGUAACCGGUUCGGUUGCACUGCGCUGCAGGGGUUGCCACAACAAUGCUGUAGAACGGAGCAUGAAAGGCAGGGGGCACUGAAUUUUAGCAUUGCACCGCUUCAAUUUGAGAGCCCAAAGCCUGCCUCUAUGUCGUGACUAUACGCAGCCUCCAUUUUUGGUACCAGUGUGUCCCUGAACACCGGCUGCUGGGAACUGAAAACAGGGAGAAUGCUGUUACAUGGGUACAGUGGUACCUCGGGUUAAGUACUUAAUUCGUUCCGGAGGUCCGUUCUUAACCUGAAACUGUUCUUAACCUGAAGCACCACUUUAGCUAAUGGGGCCUCCUGCUGCCGCCUCACCACCGGAGCACAAUUUCUGUUCUCAUCCUGAAGCAAAGUUCUUAACCCGAGGUACUAUUUCUGGGUUAGCGGAGUCUGUAACCUGAAGCAUUUGUAACCUGAAGCGUAUGUAACCUGAGGUACCACUGUAUCUGGUUGGGCACUGUGAGAACUAGUCUUGGCAGAGCAGAAGUCGCCAAUCAUUCACACACACACACACACACACACACACACACCAGUCAGAUAUUAGCACUGUUUGCGUGGGAGCCAUAUGGCCGCCAUGUUGUAUUUCUCAAAAUGCACUACCCAGCGUAGACAUGGGGGGCUAGCAAGUGAUCUCGUUGCCUCAAGUCGUUGUUUCAAACCACUCACAGGUCAGCCUGACAUAAGCUGAGGAGCCGACCCUUUAAAAAAUACCCUUUAUUGCCAUUCGACGGAGAGCGCUGACUUCUUCUAUUGAAAAUUUGGACUAUUAACAACAACCCGUGAGUAAUUGGGAAACCGGGUUCAAAAUUUUGGAUUUGGCACGAGCGGGGGCGAUUUAAAAGGAAGUCAAUCCCCCUACUGUAAGCAUUCCAAAACAAGGACUGGGUACCCAAGGUCGACAGGGAAGUAUGUCUCUGAUAAAAAUCAUUAAUUUCACGAUGGGAAAUUAUAAGAAAUGUGCUGGAGGAGAAGAGUGGAGGGUGAGACGAAAAAUGCAACCCCCCCCCCCUGGGAACCGGGGCGAUUCGUGGAGCCUGGUGAAGAGGACGGAGACUUUGACAGCUGUCAAAGUGGCUGUCAAAGCUGGAGAAUAUAAAGAGGACUUUGUUAUGAGGACCUUGCUGGUUAAAUUUUGUUACAAUUUGCUAUAAUAUGGAUAUAAACUGUUGGAAAAUAAGCAACAAUUUGACUUUUGGAUUAGAGGAUACAAAGUUAUUACAAUCCCCUAGAGGGGUUUCGGGAUACUACAAGAACGGUCGUAAGUGGAAAAAUACCCUGGGAUUCGCACAGGAUUUGUUAUCUUCUGGGAAAGCUGCAAAACUGAAAGAGUAUUUUGUUUACAGAGGAAGACAAUGGAAUUUUUUAUUGAAGAAAGAAAGGGACUGGACGUAAGUUUUUGUUCCUGAAUAACAAACCUCUGCAGAGACACUAGAUUUCUGAAUUAGAAAGUUUUAGCAGCUGAACAGGAUAAGAAAUCUGAGAAAGUGAGGAAUAAGAAGAAUAAAGGAAUGAUUACGACACGGAAAGAACAACGGGAGGAGUGGUAAAGAUCAAGGAAAUUAAAGGCCUUUGUUAGAUUGGACAUUUGAAGUCAAAUAUUAUUUAAAUUAAUAAACUAAAAGAAAACCGGCAUGAUGGAAUCGGGAGAAAUCUGGUCAUGAAAUGAGACUUCCAAGCUGAUAAUGUAUAGACUGAUGGACAUGAGGAAUUCAAACCGGGGAAAGGGGAGAUUUGAAAUCCAAAGGCUGUGUAACCAUUUUUUGAAUUUUUCUAUAUCUCUUAUUUUCUAUUUUUUUACAUAACUUACGCAUGUUAUUUUACUUUGAUCGGACGUGUUUAAUAAAAAAAGGGCAUUUGGGGAAGGAACUGGGGUGGAUCUUGGGAAAAUCUUUUUCUUUUUCUGUUAAUGAUGUGGGACGGUGGUAAGAUUUGUACAAUUCAAUCUGGAUAGUGGGUUAAACAAAUUAAGCUUUAAAUUGGGAGUGAGACUUGUAGAACCAAAUUAAGGAAAGGGGAAUACAAUUGGGGGAGGGGAGUCCCAGAAAGUAGGGAAUGAAAGUAAGGUUUUUAAAUAUCCUCUUUCUUUUGUCUUUUUUCUUUGUAUUUUUAUAUUUUUGGAAACUUUAAUAAAUAUGAUUUAAAAAAAAAAAAAAAUACCCUUUAUUGAACAGUAAUAUCUCACGGAAAUCAGAACUGAAACCACCAAGGCUUUUGCCUACAGGGGGAAAGGGGAGUGUAAACUGCAAAUAGAAAGUGAGAUGCUUAUUAAGAAAUCAACUCAAUCUAUUUGCCUUUUAUAACAAGCACAGCAGCCUUCCAGGCUCAGAGAUUAUUCUUUGAAAUACGUUUUAGAGUGUGUGAAGGGUAUAUAUUUGCAAAUAACCUCAUAUAAAUCCACAUACUUGCAGCUCGUUCUCAGCAUAAUUUAAUCUUUUUUACCAAAACAACCAAAUAAAUAUUUUUAAAAAGGAACAGCCAGCUAUUAACAACCAAGUCGAUACUAACCUAAUUUUCCAAAACUCAUUUUGAAGAGCAGUUUUCAGGAAACUUACUGGUAGCUCUAACUCUCAGCAAACUCCGGUAUAAAUGCAAUUUUCUUUAUUUAAGGGCUGCAAUUGGGGGGGGGGGUUCCCCCUUCAUGGUCUUGGUUUUUCAUUUCCAUUUGACUGGAGUAAAAUAUUACAGUUUGUGGCUCAUGCUUUGUUCUUUUUUAGGCUAAAAUCUCCCCCUUUUAAAAAAGCGGAUCGAUAUAUUUUGCAGAGUUGUUAGCCACCUUGUAAUAACUAGAAAUAUAAACAAGACUUAUCCCCUUUUGUUACGAAGAGGAAAAUAAGCAUGGAGCAUAAAUCUAAUCUGAUUGCCUGCCUAGCAGAUGGAGGAGGAAGCAUGGCCAGUUUCCUGCGAAGGCAACUGUUUAAUCACAUCAGCUUGGACUUGGCUAACAUUUAUAUUUGAACACUCUUUUGCUUUAAUUAUUUGGAAUGCUUAAAAAGCUUCUUCUGUAUUCCUCGAAGACAAGCAAUUAAAAACCGAAUAUUUCUAAUAGCUUGGCCUAUGGUCUAUUGCUCUAGGAGUAAAAGAUCUGGAAUCAGACUUAAGGUGAGACUGAGCCAAAAACAGGGGGAGCAUCAUGGGAAGAUUUUCAUCAACAUUUCAUCAGCAUCAGUCGUUUUCUUCAAGUGAUUUUUUUUUCAGGGACUGCUGCUGAGGCUACAGGGUUUCCAACUUGAUUGCCUUCGCUCUGAGGAAGGUUUCUUUGCCCUCCGAAAUGUCAUCACCUUUUAAAACCCUUUGCUCCUUUCCAAUUUCUGGCUAUGGAUACUCUUGCUGCCAUUAAGAAGUAGCCAAUUAAAUGUAUAAUGUAAAAUGGUAUAAUGUAAUUUGAGAGAUAGCACUUUGUUGGGGGGGGGACAAUGAACUUUCAAGACUUUCACAGUGGCCGUUUGUCCAGCACACAAAGACCCCAUCCCCAAAUAUAGGGCUGUGUUAAUGCCUUCUUUAUAAUUGACAUUAGCAAUUUUGGGGAUCUCUCCACUCCAGUGUCGUUGUUGUUGUUGUUUAGAUCUGAACCUUCAGGUCGAAUGCUAGAUGGAUGAGGGAGGAUGAAUUUUUCUUUUGUCAACAUGCAAUUCAAAGUACUUUUUUUGUAGCUGUAAAAGUAUAUCUCUCUCCCUCUGAAAUGUCACAUUCUCCAUGUGAUCCCUAAUUGGCUGGGGUCACACUAAGACAUAAGGAAAGAAGUGAUAACCAGGGAAAUGGUGCAAACGAAGCGGAAGAUUGGAAAGUGGGGGGGGGAUUGGAAGCUUCUAAUAUUGAGCCGUAGCGCUUGGUAGAGUAGUAUUGGCAGCGCUGGCUUGCUUACCUGGCUCCCCAAUGCUGAGAGUCCCUGCUGGUUACCAAGAAGGAGAAGGGAGAAGUGGUGGGGAGCUCAGCACAGUGUGGUUGCGGUGCUUGGAGAGUUGGACCCACUCCUCUGCCACGUCCCAGCACCUCCCUCCUUCUCCUCUCAGCAACUCUCAAGUGUUGGGGAGUCAAGCUAGCAACUGUUAAAACUCCGAAGCCUGUGAGCACUUUCUGAAGUCCUUUGCAUGCUACUAGGACCAGUCUCUUCACCUUUGAACUUCUUCAGUGCUGCCCAACUUAGAAGAGUAGUGCAGCUUUUCCUAGGCAACAAUCGAGGCUGCUCAGUCAGGACGACGAUCAGGAACAAAGUUGACGACUAGCAACUUGAUUUUGUGGUUUAUUAUAUACGGCAGUGGGACACAGGUGGCGCUGUGGGUUGAACCACAGAGCCUAGGACUUGCUGAUCGACUUGUGGUUCGAAUCCCUGCGACGGGGUGAGCUCCUGUUGCUCGGUUCCUGCUCCUGCCAACCUAGCAGUUCGAAAGCACGUCAAAGUGCAAGUAGAUAAAUAGGUACCGCUCCGGCGGGAAGGUAAACGGUGUUUCCGUGCGCUGCUCUGGUUCGCCAGAAGUGGCUUAGUCAUGCUGGCCACAUGACCCGGAAGCUGUAUGCUGGCUCCCUCAGCCAAUAAAGAGAGAUAAAGCAAUAAAGCGAGAUGAAGCGAGCCAAUAAAGCAACCCCAGAGUCAGCGACAACUGGACCUAAUGGUCAGGGGUCCCUUUACCUUUACUAUAUACGGCAGUAAACUCACAAGCUAUAUACAAGUUACUAUACACAGACAUGAACUUCAUCACUCUCCAAGCACUCCAGAUUACUCCUUACUAGCCAAACAAUGUCAUAGGUCAUGCUGCCUAUAUGAGAGAUCUCAGGCAAUCACCAAGCUGUUACCAGGUCCUCUUAUCUCCAGGCAAAUUUCUCCCGUGCUCUGUCUCCCUAGCCCAGGCAUCCCCAACCGUGGCCCUCCAGAUGUUUUGGGACUACAAUUUCCCAUCAUCCCUGACCACUGGUCCUGUUAGCUAGGGAUGAUGGGAGUUGUAGUCCCAAAACAUCUGGAUGGCCGAGUUUGGGAAUGCCUGCCCUAGCUUGUAGUCAAAACACUAAUUGCUCACUUGCCAAGCUACACGUAGGCUAUGAACGCCAACAGUCAGCUGCUACUGAGAUUGGCAUUCACAUAUAUAGGAUGGACUUCACCAAUGAAGCCCCAUCAGCAGAAGCUGUGUGCAAGGACUUCCGCUUGCACAAUGGGGCUUUCUCCCCAAUUCCUCCAGCCAUGCCCCCAGGGUCCCCUGAAAUUAGCUCUGUGGAGAGGUUGGAAGAAACCGCCAUCACCCCUGAACAUUGCAUGUGGGGGAGAGGAGAGAGGAUAUCUUCCAUCUGGCAGAAUCCUCCACCCAGUAGCACAGCUUUUGAAUCAAAUUUGAAAUGGCUGAUCCUUCACUUGAGCUUUGACUUAUGGGUCUGAAUGUCAACAUGGCACUAUGGGUGCUUUUACACCCAUGAUGAUAUUUAACCCUGGUCUUAGUUUAUACUUCAAGGAUCAGAGGAAAGCUGGCAAUCUGUCUGAAUCGUCAUUCAUGCAAGCAUAUUCUCCAGGGAGGAAGCUGGAUGAUGCCCAAUUUGCCUCUGCCAUAUUUCAUUGGCAACCAGCUUUCCUUGUGAUGCCGUAAGUCACAAGAUGGCUCUGGUGUGGCUAAUGCCAAUUAGCGUUCGGAACAACAUUAUCAGCCCAGUUCAGGACAUCGGGUGAGCUUGGCGAAAUCCGGGCAUUUUAUCUGGGCUGUGAAUUGGUCAGUUUCAGACUAACUAUGCUGCAAGAAAUGUAUUUCCACAACACUGCAUGCCUAAGGGUCAUUGCAGGAGCAACCUAUCUGGGUGCUUCAAUUGUCUAUAGCAUUGCACUAUGUGUCAGCUUUAGUUAUCCCUACUCAGAACAGGCAGGAUGCCCUGGGUUCGCUCAAGGGUUACUACAUGAAGAGCUCAAAUCUAACAAAUACACUGUGGGACUGUAAGAAAACAACACAAUGCAUUUACCGGUGGGUUGGCAGGCUUUAUCCACUCUGGAAGGGCUAAAAUGCCUGCAAAUGUUAUCCAAAGUGUGGGGGGGCGGGGGGGUUAAUAGGGGUCAUUUUUAAAUUUGCAGACUCAAAACCCUGAGCCAAAACAGGCACUAUGAUAUCAUAAUAAACAGCCAUGGCUCUCCCCAAAGAAUCAUGUAAUUUGUUAAGAGUGCUGAGAAUUGCUCGGAAAGCCCUAUUCCCCCUCUUAGAGUUUCAAUUCUCAGUAUGGUUUAACAGUCAAUCUCUGGGAAUUGUAGCAUGGUCGGGGGAAUAGGGGUCUCUGAGCAACUCUCAGCAUCUUUAAUGCACCACAGCUCCCAGAAUACUUUGGGGGAAGCCAUGACUGUUUAACGUAGUAUCAUAGUGUUUUAAAUGUAUGGUACGAAAAUGGCCAAAGACUGGAUUUUUUUUUUAUUCACUGUGGAAGCCAGAAAUACAUAUUUCAGUUGGACGGGCCAGAUUGUGGCAUUCCUGAAGGAUGUUGUUGUCGUUUAGUCGUGUCCGACUCUUCGUGACCCCCUGGACCAGAGCACGCCAGGCACUCCUGUCUUCCACUGCCUCCCGCAGUUUGGCCAGACUCAUAUUUGUAGCUUCGAGAACACUGUCCAACCAUCUUGUCCUCUGUUGUCCCCUUCUCCUUGUGCCCUCCAUCUUUCCCAGCAUCAGGGUCUUUUCCAGGGAGUCUUCUCUUCUCAUGAAGUGGCCAAAGUAUUGGAGCCUCAGCUUCAGGAUCUGUCCUUCCAGUGAGCACUCAGGGCUGAUUUCCUUAAGAAUGGAUAGGUUUGAUCUUCUUGCAGUCCAUGGGACUCUCAGGAGUCUCCUCCAGCACCAUAAUUCAAAAGCAUCAAUUCUUUGGCGAUCAGCCUUCUUUAUGGUCCAGCUCUCACUUCCAUACAUCACUACUGGGGAAACCAUGGCUUUAACUAUACGGACCUUUGUUGGCAAGGUGAUGUCUCUGCUUUUUAAGAUGCUAUGACCUGUCCAUCUUGGAUACUAUGACCUGUCCAUCUUGGGUGGCCCUGCACGGCAUAGCUCAUAGCUUCUCUGAGUUAUUCAAGCCCCUUCUCCACGGCAAGGCAGUGAUCCAUGAAGGGGUCCUGAAGGAUACAGAGAUACAAUGAACUCCAUAUCUAAUAUUUGAAAAUCAGGAUUCCUUUCCCCCAACACUGGGGAAAUCAUCUUCUUUUCCUUAAGUUACGGCCCUCACCGCAUCAUGUAGCCUGUAGCAUUGUUAAGUGUACAAAGCUAGGGAGAGGCUAAUCAGCUUGUUAGCUGGAGUGGCUUGCUAAUGGCAAAGAGCCCUGGUUCUUUUGUUGUUAUCAUUAGGAAGGAGCUUUUCAUGUUCGAAAUACUCCACAAACCCGAGCUGCUUAAUUAAUCUGUGCAACAACAUUUGAUCCCCCGCUCCUCUUACUGGAGAGUGAGUAUUUACCAAGCACACUCAAAAAGAACACAGCGCACCAAUGUUGACAGCAGGCUUGAGAGAUUGAUCUACGGCUGCAUGCUGUACUCAGCUGCUAAUUUGUUUCACUAAGCAAAACAAAUACUUCCCGUAGGGUCUACUGUUGCUCUUCAGGUGGUGGCGGUAGCAGCUUCCGCAGUACACAGGUAUGGCAGCAAACAUAUUAUCAUCCUAGUGAGAGUGAGACAACAUGCAACUGGAAGGUACAGAGUCUACCGGGAAUGCCUAUCAAGCAGCCAUCCUAAAUUAUUGAUGUAAUUACGAACCUGCUCACAUAGAGUCAGGGCAUUUCGUUCCAUCCGAGCAAAUGAUUGAGGACUGGAAUGCCUACGGGACAUUUUUAUUUUGCAGAGCAUGGGGAUGACAAAUGGCCAGUAAGCAGUGUUGCAUUUAGCCCAAGCCUGCGCAAUUUGCGAUCCAUCAAGGCGGAUGCAGCCCAUUGGCCCUGUGUUGGGGCCUGCCACACAAAUAAAACACACACACACACUUUUGACUUUGCAGACAGGUAGCAAAAACAAGGAGGCCAUGCGCAGCUGGUGAAACAAACUUCAGCUAGGUAGAUCUGGUUGUGUAGGCCAGCUUCACACUUUCUUCUCAGGAACUGUUGUUGUUGUUGUUUAGUCAUUUAGUCGUGUCCAACUCUUCAUGACCCCAUGGACCAGAGCACGCCAGGCACUCCUGUCUUCCACUGCCUCCCACAGUUUAGUCAAACUCAUGCUGGUAGCUUCAAGAACACUGUCCAACCAUCUCGUCCUCUGUCGUCCCCUUCUCCUUGUGCCCUCCAUCUUUCCCAACAUCGGGUCUUUUCCAGGGAGUCUUCUCUUCUCUUGAGGUGGCCAAAGUAUUGGAACCUCAGCUUCAGGAUCUAUCCUUCCAGUGAGCACUCAGGGCUGUUUUCCUUCAGAAUGGAGAGGUUUGAUCCUCUUGCAGUCCAUGGGACUCUCAAGAGUCUCCUCUAGUACCAUAAUUCAAAAGCAUCAAUUCUUUGGCGAUCAGCCUUCUUUAUGGUCCAGCUCUCACUUCCAUACAUAUUCUCAGGAAUACAAGUCCCAAUUUUAUCAACAUGAUUUGCUACUAACUUUGGUUCCAUUGAUGGUAUUGCCUUUGGUGUCCUUGGCCCAGUCCUGUGGAAAACUCUGCCAAGAGAAAUUGAGCAGGCUUCCUCUUGUUUCAACUUAUUAAAUGGCUGCUGAAAACUUUUCUAAUUCCACCCGGCUUAUGCAGGCAAUUAAAAUCGCAUUCCUCCACAAUAGCCAUCUGAAUUUUGAUUUAACUUUUUUAUAUGGUUUUUAUUGUAUGGCUUUUUGUUCAGUUGUUGUGAACCGCUUCAAUGCUUUCUUUAUGAAACAGUGGUGUAUGAAUAUUUUCAUAAAUAAGUUAAUAAACAAAUGCACAGUACCUGAGAACAAAAAGCAUGCACAAGAUUGGGAUCAGUAACUGAAAACCAUUGCUUUCACUCAUAUAAGUGAUGCUAUCCUCAUUGGUCUGAUUGCCAUAAGUUGCCAAGCUCAUGUUGAGGUAGUCCAGUGCUGAAAUAAAUACAGGCAUUACCUGCAAUGGAAUUAGUCCAGUUUCCCCUCUGGUACCUGCUUGAUGUAGUUUGGUGCAACUGGGUGUGGUUCUAAUUUGAUCUCCAUCUGCAUUUUUCUCUCUAUCAGCUUCAUGUUGAAGUUCAUGUAAGGCUGUAUGAGAUACUCUGUCUUCUUGUGAGGACAGUCAUAUCUCAGAAGCCAAACAUCUUGCCAGCCGAACAUUUUGGCUCCUGAACGUCACAAACCCGGAAGUGGUUGUUCCAGUUUGUGAACGUUCUUUGGAACCCUAAUGUUUGUCGCAGCUUCCGCAGCUUCCGAUUGGCUGCAGGAGCUUCCUGCAGCCAAUCGGAAGCCGUGCCUUGGUUCCCGAAUGUUUUGGAAGUCGAAUGGACUUCUGGAACGGAUUCCCUUCGACUUCCGGGGUACCACUGUAGUUGUAUUCCUUUGUCUUAUUUCUAACAAUCGUAAUGCUAUUUUACCAUCUGACUUAAGAGCCAAACCUACUUAGGGCAUUGAGCUUGAGGACAAGUGGAUACCAGGCCAGCGUGCCAAGAUACUGGGCCAUGUUGAGUUGACUUGGGUUGACCAGGGAUUGGGCUGAGACAGCCCUGGAUUGCUGCAGAUUAGACAGGGUCUACCUCUGGUGAUUCAGGGCUGUCAAAAUUUGGGGCAGUCUCACAGAAAGGAGAGGCAGGAAGGAGAUGUGCAAGCAGCCUGCAUUCAUCUCCUUCCCUCCUCCCACCUACUUCAUGUUUAAUUAGGGUUUGAAACCCUAAAUAAAUGCUGUGCUGGGCCCCAUAUCCGUCUGAGGCCUGGAUCAGGUCAGGUUGGGUCAACCCCUGAUUGACCCAGGAUGGCACAAAGCCAUUGGAAAGCACCAGAUUUGGCCCCUAAUUGGAUCGGGUGGCAUGUACACUCCUGCAUCCCUGUGAGCCACAGGCAAAGAGAAAUAAUAAAGAUUGAUUAAUGAUCAUUAUUUACUUAAUUAGCAUAAUCCAUAAUUAAUAUUAUAGAGCAAAUAUUAUUCAGUUUACACACAGAGUGAGACACACAAAAAGUCAAAAUUGGCAUAUUUCUGGAUUCUCUUGUUUAAAUAAGCUUGCGUCAUAAUUUUGUGACUCUUGAUAUUUGAAUAUUUUGAUGGCAAUUUCAUCUAUGUGAAAUGCGAGACCUCACGGAAAGCUCUAUUGUUGGAAGCCGGACAGUAUUUGAUAGUUGGCAGGCUAUGACAUAUGAGAUUUGGCACUUGGUAUUUGAUAUAUGACAGUAUUUGAAAGGCAGUAGGUGUUUUUUUUUAGCUACUUGACUUGUGUUUGAUUUCAAACAUUGGGUUUUAUAUUUUAUAGUGAAUAUGCAUUUGCUAUCCUCUGUAUAAAAUUUGAUUUGCUGCUUGAUCCAUUAAUAUUAUUAAAAAUGGAGGAGUCCCCUAGGUGACUCAUCCAUAGAUAGAAAAAUAACAGAUAGGCUUAGGUUUAAAAUCAAAACUUUCUUUGACGGUGGAGCACAAGGCACUGAUAAUACACUCUUUGGCUUCCACAAGGUUGCUAUACAGUGGUACCUUGGUUCUCAAAUGCCUUGGUACUUGGAACCCAAACACUGCAAACCUGGAAGUAAGUGUUCCGGUUUGUGAACUUUUAUCGGAAGUCAAACGUGCUCUGUUUUGAGUGCUACGCUGAUGAUUUGAGUGCCACACUUCCGUUUUGACUGUUACACUGAGGUCUGUCUGUUUUUGCUAUUUAUUUUGCGUUUUUGCUUCUGCGGCUCUUUUUGUUUUGUCUUUGUGACUGUGUGGAACCCAGUUCAGCUACUGCAGCACAUUGUUUAUUGCUUUCAUUUUAUGGAUCAAUGGUCUCAUUAGAUAGUAAAAUUCGUGUUAAAUUGCUGUUUUAGGGGUUGUUUUUAAAAGCCUGGAACGCAUUGAUCCAUUUUGCAUUACUUUCUAUGGGAAAGCACACCUUGGUUUUGGAACGCUUUGGUUUUGGAACCGACUUCCGGAAUUGAUUAAGUUUGAGAACCAAGGUGCCACAUACAGAGUGCCUUCAGAAUAUGACCCGGAACUUCAAAUAUAUAUACCAAAAAAUGAGAGGUGUUGUUUUUUUAAAAAAAACAUGUGCAUGUAGCCUAAGGUAUCAAAAAAGAAAGCUGAGGGAUUUUACUUAGCACAGCUGCCACAAAAAGACAUGUGUGUCUUCCAGUGUCAAGGGAGUUAAUGUUGCUUUCUGUGGAUCUGUUUUCAUAUACCUUUUCCCAGAGGUGAAAAGGCUUCCAACUUGGGAAGCAAAGCCAGAGCCAUACAGUAAUAGGUGCUUUCUGAUACCCUCUAGUAUCCAAGUAAGCUUUUAAAGGCUACUUCUUGCAAUAGCAUCCACGAGAACAACUGUGAUUCACAGAAUAUGACAAAAGGCUCAGGGAGGAAGAAAAAGAGGCAUUUGUCUACCUUUCUCUGCCAGUGGCGGUACUGAUUUUGCUUUUCCUACCAGUAGAGAUCCAGAGAAGAGAUACUGAAGUGAAAUAGACUUAAACAAGGAUCUUGACAAUGUGCAAAGUCUUGAUGAGACCCGUUCUUAAAUGUUCACGUCAGUGGCAGUGCAACAGCUAUCUUUGGUUUCUUAUUCCUAAUAUAAAAGCUGGGCAUUGACCAUUACUGAAUAAGUCAGGGCCCUUUGUUUGAGACUAUUUUGCAGUUAAAUAAGCAGCAGCUGGGAGUGCAAGAUGACGGGUUAUUAAGGCAAUCACAGGCAGUCUGUGCAUUUCAGUUUAGUUAGUUAUUUUAUUGAACUGAUAAAUUGUCUCCCUCAACUGAAUGUCCUGAAGUGAUUUGCAAGAAUAAUUUCCAAGAAACAAAUACAGCAAUGCAGUAAACACAUACACAUCUUUUUUAAAAAAUGGAAUCAGAGCUUUGAGGCAAAACAAAACCAUCUUAGUUUGAGCCUAGCAUCAGAAUGAUGACAAAAUUGGUGCCUGGCAGGCCUCUCAGGGGACAGUAUUCCAUAGAUGGGUAGCUACUACAAAGAACAACAACAACCCAACAACAACAGUUGUAUUUUUGCCACCCUCUGGACCUCGCUUAGAGGUAGCAUGCGGUGAAGGGUCUCAGUUAAGCUAACUGUGUGCAUGAUCUGCAUUGAACUAUUAAGAGCAGCGUUUGUGUUUCUGGAUACAGAUCCUGAUGUCUGGUCAGUGCUUGAAAUGCUUUGAUUUAACAAAGUUCGCUGAAUUAGUUCGAAGUUCAAAAAUCUCUAAACUACACCUGAAAGCAGUUCCCAUAAUUGCAGGGUAAACUGGAUAUGAUGAAUUUUGAUGUAGAACUCUGAAUGAUUUCUUGUUCAUCUUCCAGUUGAAUCUUUUGCAUGCAGUUUUUACUCUUCAGAUUCUUGGGAGUCUUUGAACUUGGAGAUCAUAAUUGUUGGGGGAACUAAAUCAAAGAAUUCACAUUUCACUGCAAGUGCACUUUGAUGUUUUCUUCGACGCUUGUAACAUUCUGAAUGCUGAACUGUUUUUUGUUUGUUUGUUUUUGCCAAGGGUGAUUCGAAUGAACUUGAAUUGAACUGCAAAAAAUGAACUAGUUUGUUUUGCAAAGGGAUAAACAUGAAGUGAAAUUAGUUUCCUUUUAUACAUGCUGAACUUGAACUAGUUCGUUUUAAAAAUCAAAUUUCAAAACUCUGUGCACAGUUAAUAUGCUGUGGAUGGUACUAUGCAUGGAAAAAGAAACAACUUCCAUUGUGCUCAGUACACAACUGCUCUUGUAUAAGUGUCCUAACCAUGCAGGGCCAGUGUGCAGUAAGGCAGCAACCAUCUGAAGAUGGGCAACAUUCAUACAUCCACAGGCAGCAGAAUCAAACAAAUCCGCAGUGCAAAGCCAGUGUGUAUUUUAAGUACAACUUGGUUUGACAGUCUCCAGAACUUAACAGAAGCCGAUAAUAUCCUUGGGCACAGGUUGCCCCCCACUUCUAAUAUGGAGAUAACAAUAUUAAGUGGUGACUGAUGUGAUGAGUUGGUUUGAUGCCAUCCUCCCCAAGGAAGCAUUGACCUCAUUAUACUUGCUCUGCUAUCUCUCAUGGCGGGGCUUAGGGAGUUCAUGCUUGCAUCACCCAUUGCAAUCAAAGCACAAAAGGUUCCAUCUCAUCAGUUUCUGCAUAUUUCAGAAGUUUCCUACAGAUACUUUAGGCAGACAAAGAGAAGCCUUCCUCCUGAGGUGGUAUUAUCACCCUUCUCCAUCUAUAUUUGGUUAAAAAAGGAAUACGGAAAAACAAUAACAAAUUCCCCUGUCACCUCCUCUACAGCGAGCGGCUUAAGACUUCCUCGGAGAUAAUGGAACAUUAUGUGAUAAUACACAUAAAAAGGUUUUUGACACUUCAUUCAUUGCAGCUCAGCUACAAUAGAGCUCUUCUCCAAAGAGAAAGAACAACACAAUGCCUCUGUCUUUAAAGAACGAGGAGCAUCUUUUGCAACGCCGGAAUCACAAGUGAUACUAAUGAAGAUUGGAUUCCUGCGCCACCCACUUUAA